CAUCUGCAUAAAUUUGCUAAGAACACAACACUUUGAACAUUUUUCCACCUCCCUUCGAGCCCUCUAUUCCUCCAUUCUCUGUUCCCUCAUUCUUCAUACAGCCCUCUGAAUUAUCGAAACUCAAUCAAACAAGGUUGGAGAUUUCACGUUGGGUUUCGUAUUUCAGGCUCGUCCCUGGAGAUGGAGCCAAUUCCCCCGAAUAUCGAUGGCAAUUCUAUUGAAGAAUCAUCUUUUCAGCAGUUAACUCUUCCAAGCUCUCCUGAGAUAAGUGGCAUAUCUGGAGAGCCACUGGUGAACCCCCGAGUUGGUGAUCAGUAUCAAGCAGAAAUUCCUCCCAUGAUAUCAGAAUAUGAGCAUUUUCAGCUUUUACUGAACCCUUUUGAUUCUGAAGUCACAGUUGAUUCUCAUUCCUUUCUAAUAGGUUUACCUAUCCCAAUUACCUGGGUCCAUAAUAAAAUGAAUGACAAUAAUGAAAGGUGCAGAAUGAGCAACCCUGAUGAUUUAGUCCAUGCAACAUGGUCAAGCAAAUCUAGAACAACUAGAAAGAAUAAUAUUCUCAAGAAGAAAGCUCCAAAACAAAAUGCAGAAUCACUGGAUCUUGGAUUAGAUGAUGGAAAUGAACCAAGGCCAGUAACUCUUGAGCCCAAGGAGUCAGGGAAAGCUAACUUAUCUCAGCUACAUAAAAACAAAAAUUAUGAUCCAUUUCCUGGUUCAUUAACUCAUCCUUGGAGUGAUGACGAUGUUGAUAGUUUUAUUCUUGGUUUAUAUAUAUUUGGGAAGAAUUUUGUUCAGAUAGAAAGAUUCAUGGAAAAUAAAGAGAUGGGAGAAAUAUUGCCCUACUACUAUGGGGAAUUUUACAGGUCUGAUGGAUAUCGUAGAUGGUCAGAUUGCCAGAAGACAAAACGUAAGAAAUGCAUAUAUGGACAGAAACUUUUUACAGGGUGGAGACAACAAGAACUGCUCUCUCGAUUGCAUCCCCAUGUUCCAGUGCAUUCUCAAACUGAUUUUCUAGAGGUCUCUAUAGCAUUUUCUGAGGGGAAAUUUUCUCUAGAAGAUUAUGUAUCCAAUUUAAGGGCCAUUGUUGGCAUUCAAGCUCUUGUAGAUGCUAUUAGAAUUGGUAAGGGGAAGGAAGAUCUGACAAGUCUUGCCAUGGAAUCUGCAAGAAGCAAUCCUUUAUUCAGUGUUUGCCCAAUCGGCAAAGCUUGCUCCUCUUUGACUUCCAGUGACAUAAUCAAGCUGUUGACUGGGGGUUUCCGUUUGAGCAAAGCUCGUUGUAAUGAUAUAUUCUGGGAAGCUGUUUGGCCCCGUUUGCUAGCAAGAGGGUGGCAUUCUGAGCAACCAAGCAGUCAGGGUUAUAUGGGUUCUGACCAUCAUCUAGUGUUUCUCACUCCUGGUGUUAAGAAAUUCUCAAAAAGGAAACUUGUGAAAGGUAACCACUACUUUGAUUCUGUUAGUGAUGUUUUGAGCAAAGUGGCGUCCGAACCUAAACUUAUUGAGCUUGAAACUGAAGAAGCUAGAGAGAGCAGCUGCAAUGAAGAGGAAACGUCGGUUGCUGCAGGAGUUCUAUCAGGCCAUAACGAUGGAUCCAUUCGGCAAUCCUUUCGUUACCUUAAACCACGAGUUUCUAAUUACAAUUUGAAUCUUGUGAGGUUCACUGUUAUUGAUUCUGGUUUGGUUGAUGAAGGAAAAUUAUCCAGGGUGAGAGAGAUGAGAUAUGCAGCAGAGGAUUUGAAUGUUAAAUCCUUGCUUACAAAACUUUCAAACAACAUUGAAAUGAUGUUUUUGGAGAACUCACUGAAUGAUAAUGAGCGAGAUGCUGUUGAUAUUUCAUUGGAUGGUAAAUGCUGUGAAAAAACAUUUGAUGGUCGGGGCUCAAACCAUACAAAGUUUACAAUUGUGGAUACGAGUUUGAUACAUGCAUCAUCAAAGGUAAGAGAAUUGAGAUAUCCACCGGUUGACAUUAUAGUUACUUCUAAAAUGACCAAAUCCUUGAGGAAAGAAGAUUCCUUUGAGGAUUCGAUGGAAGAGCACAUGCAAGGUGCAACCAAAAUGCUGUCACAUGAGGAAAAGAAUGUCAAGAAAUCGAGCCACGAAAAGGAUGUAAUUGAUAGCAGUGGCUCAGAACAGAAGGCACUCAACCGAGAAAUCAGGAACAAGUUGGUCAAGAGCACCCAGGGUAAUAAUGAUGUGUCAAAUAAAAAUCAGUCAACAAUGACUAUCAAGCAUAAAUUCUGUCGAAGAUCAAAAUCUGGACAGUCAGAGAAUUUAGUUUCUGUAGUCAAACGACGGAGAUUAACUGCUUGUUCUAAUACAGAGUUGAGCCAUGUCAUUGAGAAUUUCUCUGUUAGCCUGGGGUCAAAACAAGAAGGGUCUUACUUUGCUUUGAAAUCUUCAGAAGGAGGCAACAAUACCUUUCAAGUCAAUCCUCCUCAGAAGUCAUCACUAAACAUUUCCUUAGCUGAAGGCAGUCUGGAAGAGAGCACUGGAGUUCUGAUGGGUUCAACUUGUUUCAGUAUGGAAACAUCCCAUGGGGAAAAUGUUGAACUUCAAACCCCGUCUUUGAUUGAUUUGAACCUGCCUCAAUUUUCAUUGGAUUGUGAAAAUGAUGAACCAGCAUCGAUGAAUGUAGAAAGCAGCCAAGGAGCAAAGGCUGAUAAUACAUGCUUUCUCUCCAAUUCAGAUAAGACUGAUCCUGGGGCACCGAGUGCCUCUGUUGAUGCUAGUCCUGCAGUAGAUCAGCCUAGUUCAAAACCUAGAAGACAAAGCACAAGAAAACGACCUUUGACCACUAGAGCAUUGGAAGCUCUUGAAUGUGGACUCUUCGGUAUGAAGAAGCAAAAAAGCUCACAAAUACACACAAAAGAAAUCUCAUUCCCCAGUUCUUCCCACCAGGUUCAUAGCAAGGUCAAAGUAACAUCAAGAUGUGAUACCGUUGGCCCAGGCAUUGUGAAUGAAAAGGAUGGAAAUGCAAGUGAGGCCUUUAACGAGAAAAGAUUUUGUCCAAAAAACUCCUGAUUAAGAGAUGUCCAAAACUACUACAUCUGGAAGUUUGAGGACAGCUACAUAGUGACCUGCCAUUUGUUGUAGAAGAAUUGUCUGAAGUACCGCUAUCUUUGGAGUGACUCUUUGCUAUGUUACCUCUAAACUGUAUACACUGUCCGCUAUGCUUUCACCAGCCAAGCAUAGAAGUGGGAGUACAUCUGCUUCAACAUACACAUCCUUAGAACACUGUAUAAUAUACUGGUCACUGUGCACCACCACACAACGCACAUAAACAUUUCUAAAAUGUACUGGCAUGCCAUCAAGUCAUUUGCAUUUUGCCUCAGUGUUUUUUUUGGUGAUAAUGGAAACAAUGCUUUUUGCAACAUUGUAGUACCUUAGGAUUGAAAACAGAAGGUGAACCCAGCUAUGUGAAUUUCCUUCAGAUUUUUAAAUAGCAGGAAGAUCAUAUGUCUUGAUAACU